CCUUUUGCCUCGUUGCUACAGAGUGAGCAAGAUGGGUCACCAGCAACUCUACUGGAGCCAUCCGAGGAAAUUCGGCCAAGGUUCUCGUUCUUGCCGCGUCUGCUCAAACCGCCACGGUCUGAUCCGGAAGUACGGCCUCAACAUGUGCCGCCAGUGUUUCCGUCAGUACGCGAAGGACAUAGGCUUCAUUAAGUUGGACUAAACUUCCAUGAAUGGGUCGUUCAAGACAUCUACCUUAUGACAGAAUGCUAUCUCUUUGUACAUAAAAUAAAA